GCCAUGUGUGCGUGGGUGUCUUUUAUGGAGGCCCUUCUCCAAAAACUGUGACAUUUUCCAAGCAGCAGAAUUCUCCACUCCACCCCUUAAGCUAAGCCAGGCCAGUCAGCUAGGCUAGCCAAGUUUCUCUUUCUGUAAGAGGCUAUGCUGUAGCCUGUAACAGACUUUAUACAAGAAAAGGCAGGAUAGUUGUACAGCGGAGCGUCAAGGCUUGUUCUUGUACCUUGUUCUUCUUGUUACUUCUGCAGUUAUGGACGAGACAACAAAACGGUUUCGUUUACACGUUAUCAAAGAGAUACACCAGACGGAGCACGAUUAUACAAGCUCUCUGGAGUUUACCGUCGAUCAUAUUCUUACUAAAAUGAAGCAGCUCUCUACACAGAAUCCAAGCAUCACUGAAGAAGUGAUCGAAAAGCUCUUUUGUAACAUUGAAGAAAUUCUCGCAGCACAUAAAGCACUUCUAGUCGACUUGGAUAAAGAGAUGAUACCCUCCGCUAGCCCUGAUGCCCAGAUUUCAUCUUGUUACGUAAAACAUCACGAGUCAUUCCAAGCUUAUAGAGCUUAUGGCGAGAAUAAUGAACAAUCACAGAAGACACUAUACCAGUUAGAAGAUGUCCCAUCGCUUAAAGCCUUCUUUGUGGGUGCUAUGUUGCUAGGAGGUGUUAACGAAGCCUCCAUCAGUUCCUAUCUCUUUAAACCUAUACAAAGAAUAUGUAAAUAUCCACUUCUCUUUAAAGAGCUUUUAAAAUACACUCCUGAAAGCCACAAAGACUACGAAGAUACAGUCAAAGCUCUGGGUAACAUGAGAAUACUGUGCUCAGUCAUAAAUGAAGCGAAACGUAGAGUCGAGAGACUCGAAGCUAUUGCCGAAUGGCAGGAGACCAUAGAAGGUUGGGAGGGAUCGCCUGUAGUGGACACCUGCUCUGAACUUGUUAAAGAGGGAUCAUUGAUAAAGAUAUCAGCUGGUAAUAUGCAGGAGAGAGUCUUUUUCUUGUAUGAUGGACUACUGGUCUACUGCAAGAGGGCAGCAAGCUUCUCAUUAAGAACUAAAGCAGAGAAGACAUUAAUAUUCAAGGGAAGAAUACCAGUGGCUAAUAUUGAAGUUGAAAACAUUGAAGACGGAUCAGCUGACUGUCACACUUACGGCUACACUGUCAAGAACGGCUGGAAGAUGAGGAACCUUGCAAAGAACAAGUGGUUUGUGCUGAUAGCGAAGACACAUAGUGAGAAACAGGAAUGGAUAGAAGCAGUAAGAACACUUAAAGACAGAAUAAGAAAUGUUGCUGCUGGUAUAGCUCGUGAUACUAGGCUCCUCAUGCUAGACAAAGGACGUAAGCUACACGAGUUGAUACACAAUAACUCUAAGAUACUUUACGAUCAUCGCUAUCGACUGAGAUCCUACCCUCACUCGUUCAGUGGGUGUGACUUCACACGCUGGCUGGUUAAGAUUGGAGAGGCGGGAGACGAAAAGGAAGGAGUUAGAUUAGGGCAGGCGCUACUUGAGAAUGGGAUCAUUCAUCACGUUGGCGAUAAGCACCAGUUUAAAAACAGCCCGUUUGUGUACAUUUUUCGCUACGACGAUGAUACAUUUCAGGCCAGCGAUGACACUCUUGAUAUACUAGCAAAGGGUCUCAGGGUAUACGUCUGUCUCCAUAGUCUCCACCGCUCGCCGUUGCGCGAUCACAGAUCAGGACUCCGGUCGAUCAAGCAGUCCAUCAGCGGGCAGACGCUGGUCGACUGGUUAAUGGACGAGAAGUUUGUGGAGUCAAGAAAAGAGGGCGUGGCAUUGUGUACGCACUUGAUGGCCACAGGGCUAAUAAAACACGCUACUGAUGAUCAGAAGUUUAAAGACUCCAAUGGUAUCUACUAUCAGUUUGUACCUGAUGCUGUCAGUGAUCAGCCGCUCCACACAGACUUCAUGCCUAUCGUUACAUUCACAUGUCAAACUAUUAUGGUUCCUUAUUCAUCUGAGUUCAAAGAUUACGGCAUAAAGUUCUCUAAUGGCCCCGCCCCCAUUAAGAUAGCGGAGGUCACGCCCACUGGGCCAGCGGACGGGCUGGGUAUAUCCCCUGGCCAAGAGGUCCUUUGCUUAGGAGGGCAGUGGUUGAGUAGCAGCAACGACUCUAGCAGCUGUGAGUGUUUGGUGGAGGGAUCUCAUGAUAGCGAGAUUCCACUGGAGCUGGUUGUCUCCAGAGAGGCUUCCGAGGUUUUUGAUUUGAAGUUAAAGGACGGAGAGAGUCUGGGGCUGCAGUUAAAGGGGAAUCAACCCGUCUUUGUUAACAGAGUUGAUAAAGGAUCCUUGUCUGCUACAGCUGGUCUUACUCCAGGCUGCUGCAUUUUACGAAUAAACAACGAAAACGUCAUCACUCAAAACCACGACACUGUAGUAUCGCACAUCAAGAAAGCAAAGGAGAACAAAGAUCCUUCGAUAUCCCUCAAGAUCGGGAUCCCCUUUACAGGUCAUGUGACGAAGUACCAGUACGAGUCUACAGGGGACAUGCCCCUUGAGGUAUUGAGACAAAUAACGGAGUCACCAUAUGUAUACAGCAUACCAGCUCAGUUAUUCAAGGUGUAUGAGAACGAAGCUCGGACCAGAGCAAGCUUAUUGCAGAGUAGGAAGUCUGCUAGCUCAAAGUUAGAAAACUAUGUCACUGAGCUCCAGAUUCAAGCAGAUAAUUAUAAAAAAGCUCACGCUGCUCUCUCUUCCCCUCGGUACCCCUCCUACCGUCCUUGUGGUGCUCACCUCUCUCCCUUCCUUGAGGGUUGUCCCAUCAACCUGCACAGUAUAAUGAUGGAGGUGGGGUCAGGGACACGUAACCACACCUCCUCACCUGACCCUGAAGGGUCUAUAUGCAGUUCCCAGGAUGGUCUAGACACUAAUAUUCCAAUUACUAAGCACUUCACACACACGAUGGCCUACCCUUCCUUAAUGAACAGAACCCACUCCGCAAAAGACAUUGAUGUAUUGGAGAGAUGUCAGUCAGUGAGAGAGUUAUUAGCAAUUCUUAAUGGAAGCUAUCUUGACCUGAUCAGAGACUGUGAAUUAUUGCAGAGAUUAGCAGUGGCCAGUGCUGAAACUCCCUCUGGCGAUCGCAAAGACAUGCUUGGAGGAUUCUCUCCUACGACACUUCCGAGACGAAUCAGGAAAGAAUCCAGUCCCCAAUUCCCUCGGGCUGCCUCCCCUUCGGUCAGCACAAGAGAACCUUUUACGAGAGAGAGGAACUUCUCCUUUGCCAGUCCUAAUGCAGUAUUGCAAGUAGUUCUUGAUGGAGUCGCGGCCAAAAUUAUGAGUUUUAAGGAGCUUUUUGAGAACCCAAAGUUUCUUGAGGAAAUGGAGAAAGCCUCGCAGAAUCUCAAGGGCCAGUCUGUAAAAGAGGACGUUAAGGGCUGGAACACAAAGUUUACAAAAUACAGCAACGAGCUGGCAGAGCUUGAUACCACCAUUGAUGCUGUAAGAAGUUUUGCUGGAACAAUGGAGUCCGACAUUAAAUUGAUAAAGAAAGACAUUCAAUUUUACUUGGAGGCUGCUCUUGGAUUAAAUGACGAUGUUGAGGUGACAUACUCAUGGGACAGAUUAUUCUCUCAGUGUUUGACGGCAGUUACAACUGGUUUUGCUCAUCAACUCAUAGCAGCUGCUAAUUCUCAUGUUAAUACUUGUUCUGAAUACAUUAAGAGCCCAGUCGACGCCAGCCAGCAGUGGUUGGACCAGAUCAUUGCCAAAGGAGUGGUGGUCUGCUUUCAGUGCCUCCUACUACCUUCAGUGGUGAGUUAAUACCACUGUUAGAUA